AUGAGAGUUCUCAAGACGUCUUCACAUUGCCUCUUUUGGGUGAACAUGUUGGAUGGUGGUAUCUCUGGCAGCAACAAGACACUGGUCUCAAAGCAAGAAUGCUGUAUGGUUGGCUCAAUGGAGUGGAUUGUAUCAGCAACAAGUAACAGCAUCCAUAUCAAGCUUUAUCCCAUUAUCUGGUUUUCUCGUUAUCGGCAAUUUGGUGGGCGUCCUGAAAUGAAGUUCUCUUAUCGAUUGAUCACAUCAGCAGCAAGGAACAACUUGUAUAUCUUUGAUAUCAGCAACCUUUCUAUCUCUUGGUGGUUCUGGUUAUCGGCAAUUCCUUUGAUGGAUUUCUACAACUAUACGUGUCUUAUGGAUGGAUCAUGUCAUCAACAAGCAAUGAGAGCCCGCGUUCAAAUCUUUUGUGUUACCAAGGUCAUUCAUGCAUCUCGUCAAGGACUUCAUCGUCAAGCUGCAUUCCAUACCCAAUGA